AUGCAUUUCUUCUUCGGAGUAUCAACAACUCACCACAGAGCCCUCCCAACAACGACAGAGCCUCCAACAACAACGACAGAGACCAACAGAGCCUCCAACAACAACGACAGAGCCUCCCAACAACAACGACAGAGCCUCCCACAACGACCAGACAUUAACAACAGACAGAGCCUCCUACAACAACGACAGAGCCUCAACAACAACGACAGAUCCUCCAACAAACAACGACAGAGCCUCCAACACACCACUACAGAGCGCUUAUCCACAACAGAGCCUCCCAACAACCACUACAGAAGCCUUCCAACAACCACUAACAGAGCCUCCAAACAACAACGACUUCUAACAAGCUACCAGAGCCUCAACAACGAUACAGAAGCCCUCCAACAACCACAUACAGAGCCUACAACACUACAGAGCCUCCAAGAACGCACUUUACUGCCUCCAACAACACGACAGAGCCUCCAACAACGACGACAGAGCCUCUCAACAACAACACAGAACCUCCAACAACGACGACAGAGCAACUCCAACAACGACGACAGACGACGACAGAGCCUCCAACAACAACGACAGAAGACCUCAACAACGACGACAGAGCCUCCAAACAACAACGACAGAGCCUCCAACACAGAGCGCUCCAACAACGACGACAGAGCCUCCAACAACACGACGAGAGCCUCCAACAAACAACGACAGAGCCUCCAACAACGACGACAGAGCUCUCAACAACAACAGAAACUCAACAACAACGAAGAGCCUCCAACAACAACGACAGAAGCCUCCAACCAUAGCCACAGAGCCUCCCCACAACGCACAGAGCCUCCACCACAACAAACAGAGGCUCCAACUACCACCACAGAGCCUCCAACCACAACCACAGAGCCUCAACCACAAACAACAGAGCCUCCAACACAACACAGAGCCUCACAAGCCACAACACAGAGCCUCCAACCACAACCACAGAGGAGCCUCCAACCCAACCACGAGCCUCCACCACAACCACAGAGCCUCCAACCACAACCACAAGCUUCAGAGCCUCCAAUCACAACCACAGAGCCUCUAACCACCAACCACAGAGCCUCCAACUUUACAUACCACAGAGGCCUCUGCAAUCCAAUCAACCACAGAAAGCUUCCAACCCACAAUCCAAAGAGUCCUGCCAACUUACACCACAAGAAACCUCAUCAAAUAUCAAACCACAAGAGCCUGGCCAACGCACAACUCAUAGAGCCUCCCAACUAA